UCGUGCAACUUGAGGACAUUCCCUCUCGUCCUACUGCUAGAUCGGUGUGAACAACUGCCCGGUUCCCUCAUCUCUGAUAACGGUUGUAUCUUUUGCAUUCAGAACCCGCAUUUGCCCCGACCGGGGAGAGAAGCCGGGCCGGCACGCAGCGAGGUGGGAGGAAGGCGGCGGGAGCGCGCGGGGUGGAGCGAGGGCGGGGCGGGCAGCCGUGCUCAGCCAAUCCGGGGGUGCUCGUCCAUUUUUCGGCGUGAGGCAGGCACGUCGGUGGGGUGAUGCUACGGCGUCGGGAAGGGGCCGGCAGGGCGGCGGGGAGCAGCCCGCCCGCUCGCGCUCGCCGCCGCUGAGGGGAGCGCCGCUUCCUCCUUCCCGCCCCUCGCCGAGGCCGGGGGCUCCGGGCCUGUUCCCGCCGCCCGAGGCUGCUGACGCCCGAGAGAAGGUGGAGAACUCUCGCCCCGAGGCGCGGGGAGGAGGCGGGACCCCCGGCGUUUCAUGUUCCGUCAGCCCGACGGCAUUUUGGCGUUGAUUCCGACCUGCUCCCACCUGCACCCGGGCAGCGACGGGGAGGAGGAGAGGCGCCGUCCCGCCAUGUCCCGGUACGGCCUCCGCAACCUGCUGGACUGGCUGUACGGCGGGGUGGACCCCAGCUUUGCCGGCAACGGAGGGCCGGAGUGCGCGGCCUUCCUGUCCGGGCAGCAGCGCGCCGUGGAGAGCCUGGUGUUCCUCAGCCUGGGCGCCGCCGAGAUCCUCGUGGCGCUCUGCAAGCUGCGGCAGCUGCACCUCAGGGAGCUGGAGGGCCACCUGCUGCAGCAGCCCCGCGCCAAGCACGAGAGCCUGGGCAAGAACCUGCUGCUCGUGGCGCUGUGCCUCGUCUUCGGGCUGGAGGUGGGCUUCAAGUUCGCCACCAGGACGGUCAUCUACCUGCUGAACCCCUGCCACGUGGUCACCGUGAUGCAGAUUUUUCUUCUUGCUUGCCCUCCAUGUCGGGCUGCAAUGAUUCUCUUCAGGUUGCAGAUGCAUAUGCUGAAUGGGGCUCUCUUGGCGUUGCUGUUUCCUGUCGUUAAUACACGCUUGCUUCCAUUUGAAAUGGAAAUUUAUUACAUCCAGCAUGUGAUGCUCUAUGUUGUGCCCAUCUAUCUGCUGAGAAAAGGAGGGAUCUACACUCCAGAACCACUCUCCAAUUUCUGGUGGGCUCUUUUAUCUACUGGGCUUAUGUUUGUAUAUCACUUUAGCAUCUUGCAAAUUCUGGGACUGGUUACAGAAGUGAAUUUGAACAACAUGUUAUGCCCAGCCAUUUCAGAUCCUUUUUAUGGGCGCUGGUAUCGAAUUUGGGCAUCUGGACAUCAGACUGUCAUGACUAUGACUCAUGGGAAGCUUGUAAUCUUACUGUUUUACAGUGCUGACCCCAUCUUUAAGUGUAGUGUGGACUUGCUUAGACUUCCAGCUAAGAAAAUAGACUGAAAUUUCUCCCCACGGAGCAGUACGUACAGGAAGCAAAGACACAUAUAUUCAUACUGGAAAACAAAGAGGAGGGAUGAGAAGACAAUGUGUUUAUUAUAUUUCUCCCUGCAGUUUAUGGCCUCACAAACACCUCUGUUAUCGAUUGAGGGUUUUUCUUUCAACUGCUGUAUCUCACUGCCUACUGCCAAUGGCAACAUUAGUGGCCUUAUUCUGGAAGAGGUUCCUGUUUUAUACGUUUCGUGUACAUUACAGUAGAAUCUUGCUAAUCUACCCUUUAAAAUUAGGUAAGGAUCUAUCUACAUUCCAGCAAAAAGUGGCAGCGCUACCUCAUUUUGACUUACUUUCCACUAAAUAUUAGUACAGUUAUAUCACAGAAUAGGAAAUAAAGCUGAAUUCCAACUCUUCACUGGCGUGAACAGAACACAUCUUGAAAUGCAUCAUCAUGGCUUAACUCUUAACCAUUUUCCUACAUUUAAGUAUUAUGGUGGAACAACGUACAAUCUCUUAGUCAUAAGUGCAAAGCAGUGAAGUUUUACUGUAUUUUCUUUAAGUUGGUUGAAAAUACUGAGGAACAAAAACCUUUUUUUUUUUUUUUACAAUUUUUUUUUUUUUAAAUGAAUACUUUGGUUUCUAGCCUGCUAAGGAUAAGUAUCUUUCUGGUGAGGUCCCAUCAGAUCAUGAUGCUUUGGAGAUGAUUUUGAGUGAGUAGAAAAGCACCACAUAAAAAUUAUAGAGAAAGCCCGUGUUACGUGUAAGUUAUGAUAGGUAUUUAAUCAACUAUACUGACCUGGCUUUCAAUAAAAUGCUUUUGUCACUUAGCUUAGACUGGAGACUGAGAUACAGUGUAGAAUGUAAACAGUUUUCUUUCUUCACUUAGUAGCAUUUUAAACAUUCCUCCUCUGUGUUCUACCCUGAUCCUUAUUAGAGUGGCUGGUGAAGAAACAAAAUGAAACUAUUUUCUGUCUCCGUAGCUCUAAUACAUUCUUCGUACUGAUUUUUAAAACGCAAGUAUAAAAAGGAAUGUGAAAUCAGCACAGGCCUCUACUGAAAAGGCAAUGUUCCAGUAUGCUAGUAUGAAUAGAUCUUCUUGUCAACAUGAGUUUUGGAGUAGAACAGGAUGGAUUUAAGUAGAGAGAAUUAUAAAUAGUAAACUGGCUAAGGGGAGAAACUGUUGGGCGGAAAGCUUGGAAAUCUUUACUGUGUUCCUCCAGAUAGUUAACUGUAAGUCUAUUGUUGUGCAGCCUGUUGUAUUUCAGGGCUGCAGGAAUUUUGUUGUACAAAACGUUAGUUGCCAUUUGCAUUGCAUUGUCAUAGCUGUGACUUGUAAGAUAAAAACAAAACCAUCAUACCUCCUCUGGAUGGAUCACCUGAAGAUAUAUUCUGAUGUUAAGAUACUGUCAUUUAUACCUCAAGAAGAGAAGUAAGAAUGAUAAGUGGUUGACUUUUUUUCCAUAGAAGAUAAGAAUAUAAUUGCGGAGGGAACAAAUGACUUCUCCAAAUGUUUUCACUUCGCAUGUUUUGGUUGUUUGUUUAUUUAUUUUUUUUUUAAGUAGGUCUCCCAUUAGAGGUGCUUUGUGCUACAUUCAAAUUUACAAACUAGCUUCUGGUUUUCUUCCGUGUCUAUGAAGUAAAUAUCCUGUACUAUUUACUAUAAAUUGAGAUGUGAGAUUGACCUAAACUAUUAAGCAUGUAUAGCUAGUCCCAGUUGCACAGACUGAACUACAGUGUUCAGUUUGAGAAAGGUAAGCACUUAAUAGUAAGAACUAGCAGCUUAUAGAGUUGACUGUGAAUUGCUGAUCCUGCAAAUGUCUAAGUACAUAUUAAUUUCAUUGAGCUGUCUCACUGCUGCUUCGGUAAAGCAAGGUAUGUGUUGUGCAUUUGUGGAGGGGUGAGCUAAAGAAAAAAUGCAUUGGUAUUGAAGGCCUGAACUCAUCUUUGGAGGAUUACUUAAUUAGCUGCUGAUGUGAUGCUUAAUUCAAGAGUCAGUAUUUCAUUUGCAGCUGAUGAAAUACACGAUGUUGCUGAGAGAUGCUAAGAUGAACAGGGAUAUUCAUGCCUAUUCAUCUCCUAUGAACAGCUACGUGUACAGUGGUUCUUCCCUUCCCACAGUUAUUGUUGAGUGUAUCUUGAUUUUUUUAUUUACUUAAGGCUUGGCAAAAUGCAUUCUGUUGGAUCUAGUCUGGUUUAGAAGCAACAUUAUUACAGUAGGAUAAUCUUGUGCAAUUUUGUAAACAUUAGUUUAUUAUUUGCCUAAUUUUACUAUUUUUUGAAUAAUCUUUCCUGCUUUAAAAAAAACAAACAGCAUUUCGUAUGUCAGAGCAUUGGAAACAUGUCUGAAACAGCUCCUAUUUAUCACUAUUGUCUGCCUCUGGUCAAUUAAGACUACAGAAGCAAGAAGCAUUUAAGUAAGUUCAGGUGUCUCAGUGCAGUCUCUUUUUUAAAUGCAAAAUGUGCAAGUCCUUCUGACUUAAAAUUGAGGGAAACUCAUAUUUCCUUUUCACACCUCUCCUGUUUGGGUUUUGGUGCAUGUCGAACUUUUCUUACUUAAGAUGCUAGAAUGUCAAAUUGAAUGUAAGAAUUCAGCAAAGAGAAGUAAACUGGCUAUUACACUCAAUAAGGAUUUUAUGAGCAUCUGGAUUUUAUGACUGUCAGGACAGUGGAGCCACUGGGCUCCAAAGGGAAGAAGGGCAGUUGGGUCUUCACCUCUUCUUGAUGGUAAGUUGUGCUGGCUUCUUUUGCUUGUUGUACACCAUCAAUGAAGUUGGCUGAGCUAUUAUUCACAGAAUGUCAGGGAUUGGAAGGGACCUCGAAAGAUCAUCUAGUUCAAUCCCCCUGCUGGAGCAGGAACACCUAGAUUAGGUCACAGUUCCCCAACUCUUUCUGAAAACCAUUUUUAAACACAGUCUUUCAGUUUGGUUUAUGGUGCAGCUCCACGGAAAGUUGUCAGCACACCUGAGACACAAGUUUCAUAUAUGGGGAAAAAUAGGGCAGAAGGGAGCAGAAAGGGAAUGAACUUCUGAAACAUCAUGGAAAUUCACAUCCUUUACUCUUCAGUUGUCUUGAAUAGCUGUUUGGAAGAUGCGGAUGACAGAGCUCGUUCCAUGUGUAGGAUAUUGGUUUGAAAAGUAAAAUAGAAUACUUAACCUUCAUAUGGGAAUAUCUUUUCUCUUCCCUGGCAGAUUUUCUUUUCUGUGAAUGGUUUGUUAUAUGAACAGUCAUGCUGUAUAGAUGACUUUCUGGUAGCUUUUUUCUUAUCUAUGCUGGCAAUUGAAGAGCAAAACCACGUUACUAUCCAUAAAUGCUGAUGGGCAUUAUCUCCUUUGGCACUAUGGACACAAUCGAUGUCAAAGUAACUUGAAUCUGUUGCCCAGAGCCUGGUGAUGUUUUACGUUGGAGCAGAGCAAUGUAUGAUUGAAAGGGUAGUCCUGGCCCUCCAUCAUCAGUAAAUCUUUUUUCUCAAUACUAAGUUAUGAAGAUACUAGGAGUAGAUACAGUGCAGAGCAGGAGGCUGACGAUACAGCCACGCAGACUAGUUCCUUUUAGCAGUAGCCUGUAUUUUAGAGAUGUUCAAACAGGUUAUAGAAACCUACCCUACUGUGGAUUGGUUUGCUGUCCACUAGCAAGCCAUGCACAAUACCAGAAAAACUUACAGUGUGGUGCUUAAGUCUAGACCUCAGAAAUUACGGCUGCAGGCAGAUGUUUGAACAGAUCUCUCUAUUCUAAUCUUUAGUACCGUAGACACUUCAGACAAAAGAAGUGAGGAGCAAUUAAACUGAUUACUCUGUCAGUGAAUGACAGCCUAAAUUACUUUCAAGUAUACACAUAAAUGAAGCUCUAGUAACUACAGUAAAAUGUUUGUAUUGGUUUGUUUAUGCAGACCUUCCUUGUGUAAGUAGCCUUCCAAAGCACAAAAAUGAGCUGCUAAAAUUUCUGCACCCACCAGAAGAUCUAGUGAUAGCUUAUGAAUAUUGAGAUUAUUGUGCCAAGGCUCUAGCUGUCCAGUACAGAAGCAGUGAUAACUUCUUUAAGGAUUUAGGCUCUGUAGGCAGUGAAUGAGCUGUAUCUAUUUUACUUCCUUCUGUUUAAACACCAAAUAGAUGUUUGCAUUUUGUUUCUUUUGAAGGGUGGAAUUAACAGCACUUGAUCAUAAUUAUAUACAUCAAUCAAAACUCUGAAUACACACCUGUACUUUGGUUUUGGUUCAGCAUCUUAGGGCUUGACAAAUGCUGCUUAUAAGCAAAGCUCACUUGUGCUUAAGCAGAUGCUGCCUUGCCGAGGCUGGGAGACAUGAAAAGUCAUUCAUUUGCAUACCUUGAAACUAUGGAGUACCUCAUUACAGAUUUAUCCCUCUGUCUCUGGCCACAAUCAGGGUUUUGAUAUUUCAGUAUAUUUUGUAACAUUUUGUAAAGCCUAAUUUUACUUUCCUUUCAGAAAUGGCUAUGUGCAACUGUUCAAGUACUGUAUUUUACUUUUAUAUUCUAAUUCUUGCAUCUAAACCAUAGGUGUUUGCUUCCUGUGCAUCUAUACCUAAUGACAACCCUAGACUUUGAUGUUCUUCUUGCUUUUUGGAAGUCAUAGGAUCGUAGGAUCAUUUAGGCUGGAAAAGACCUUCAAGAUUGAGUCCAACCAUUAACCUCACCUACCAUGUCCCUCAGUGCCACACCCACACAUGUCUGAAAUACCUCCGGGGAUGGGGACUGCACCAUUUCCCUGGGCAGCCCAGUACAAUGCCUGACCAUUUCUUUUUGUGCAGAAAUUCUUCCUCGUGUUCAAUGUAAACCUCUCCUGGUGCAACUUGAGGCCACUUUGUCGCAUCCUAUCACUGGUCACCUUAAAUUGUUUGACUUGAGGUGGAUACUUAGGAAUUAAAUUAUUCCUAAUAGUUAACACAGCUCUGAAAAAGCUAAAAGGAGGGCGCAGAUCAGCCCUUCUUUUAGAAGGUGGAAGGUUUCUCUGGGGAGAUGGAUCAAUGCUGAUGUUUUCAGUUUUUUAGUGACAAGAUACAUAACAAAUCUGUUGAUGCUUGUGAUCUUGUACUCAAUAUGAUACUGCUGUAUACUUGUCUUGCAGCUUUAUUGUAGCUUAGUUAAAACCAAGCUGUUUUUUUAAAUGAUGUUGUUUUCCUUCAGGGUCAAUUUUGUACUUUUUUAAAUUAUUUCUGCAUUUACUGAGUCAUUAUCUCAAUGCUGCAGAGGAUGCAGCAGGCAGAACAGGAAGCAUACCCACACUGCUCUCGCCAACCAACCUGUGCUGGGGAAGUGGAACUGCUCAGGGACUGGACUGAAGCACAUUAGCAGUCUUUGGAAGCUCGCAGUUCCCAUUAGACAACGCUCUUGUUCAAGUGUAGUGUCACCUAGGCCCAGAAUGGAAUGGCAAAGUCAAGGCUGGUUGUGGAGAGGCUCAACUGCCAUGUAUGCUGUUAGUUCUGAAUAAUUUGUAGGAAUGUUAUAAAUUUUGUAAACUUUUUAUGUGCUAAAACUUGGUUAUGAGGUAACAUUUACAAAUAAGGGAUAACUUGUGUACUUGUUUUUGUAUUUUGGUCUGAUUUUUUGCUGUUGUGCCCUAAGUCCAGCUCACUGGGCAAAUAGUUCUUAAACCUUUGAAUUAAAACAAAUAAAUGUAUUUUAAUGGUACUGUAA